GCGUGUGCACGCGGCGUCAGGUCAACUGGAGUAGUGCGUGCUCCCGUAAGCCCUCCGCGCGUCGUCGUCAGUUUUUUGAGUGUCUCGGUCCGUGCGGUGGGCUCUACCUCGCGCGCUGGCUGGCUGGCGAGGCUCGCGUCGUCCUCCUGCGUACAACGCGCUAUACACACUAGCACACGCGAUAUUAUUAUUAUUAUUACUAUUACUAUUACUAUUAUCAUUGUUAUUAUGCCGUCGCUGCAGCAGCGUACCGUUUCGUUACAUUGUAGCGGUGUGCACGCGUGCGAUAACUACUAUUGAGUAAGUCGUCUCGUCGUCGCUGUCCAUUUAACGCCGUCGCGGUAUGUGAUACAAUAAAUUAUUAUACUGUCGCAUGCGCGGUCUGUGUGGUCUACCGUUGUCAUCACCGUCGCCGUAGCGGACGAGACGCGACGCGGAUAGCAGCAGGACCGCGACCGGUGCACGGGGUCGGUCCGAAAACAAAGGAAACCGGAACCGAUUGUCAUCCCCGGGGCAGAGAUCGAACACACGGCCGUGGAAGCAGUCGAUAGGUCCGUCCGGGCGCUGUAGCCGGCCGGUCGACGAUGCCAUUCGGCUGGUCGCCGGGCAGCGACGACACCAGCACCUGUACCGAUAGCGCCUGCACCGGCACCAGUGGCACCGGCGGGAACGUCGGCGUGUACGGCGAAUGGAGUACGGCCGGACAGCGCGACGGCAUCGCGUACAGGCCGUGUGUACCACGUACGCGGCACGUCAUGUACCUGAAAUCAGUUGACAAUCCUAUCUGAAUGAUCCAGCGCAGCGGUGUCUCAAAAGAUGAGUGUGCUUGUGCCGAUUGAAAGGGGCGAUCCAGUUGGAUCACAGGGUGGGUCGCCACCGUGCACGGCCAGGCACAGGUUCACUCCUCCUGGAAAUCCCAGUACACCGACAGAUCCACUGCCUGUGCCUCCAGACGUAGCCGAACCAAACACGGCCAUUGAGACGCAAGUGACGGCCACUCAUAAGCAUCCAUGCAUAUCUUGUUGGUGUUGUUGUUGCGGAUGCUCUUGUGUUUAUUUGCAUGCGUACAGGAGUAGGAUAUGCAAGCUAUGGGAUCGUUUUUGUUUCCCAUUAAAAGGUCAUCCCCCCAAAACAAACGGAAAUGGGUCUAGCGGCGGCAUAAUCGAAAAUCCCGUUGAGCUAAGGCCUCCAUUGGACGAAAUACGAAGUUGGAGUAAAUCAUUUGACCGACUUCUUAAGUGUCCUGCGGGAAAAAAGAUAUUUCGUGAUUUCUUACGAUGUGAAUAUAGCGAAGAAAAUAUAUUGUUCUGGAUGGCAGUCGAAGAGUUAAAAAAAGAAUCAAAUCCCGAUAUAAUAGAGGAAAAAGCUCGAUUCAUUUACGAAGAUUACAUUUCGAUUCUAUCUCCUAAAGAAGUGAGUUUAGACUCUCGUGUUCGUGAUAUCGUCAAUAAGAACAUCAAUCAACCAUCAUCUCAUAUGUUCGAUGAAGCUCAGCUACAAAUUUACACGCUUAUGCAUAGGGAUUCUUAUCCAAGAUUUAUUAACUCAUCGCAGUACAAAAAAUUAGCGAAACUCGAAAAUGGAGCUACCGGUAAUGCUCCAAACAGUGGCCAACAAACCCCAACCAAACGCAAACAGAGCAAUAUAUGAAAAAUAAACUUGGACAAUUUUUCAGCGAUAAUAAUUCGUAUUUGGUGUUCAAGCCUGCGUUUGGACCCAUGUAUUUGGGACCAGAAUUGAUAAAAUGUUCGUAGAUUAACAUAUUAUACAGGUAGAAUAAGGAAAAAUUUGUAUUAAAACCGCGAUGUAAAA